CAGCCCCGGUUUCUGGCCGCGCCGCUGAAUCCGACCCUGGGUCGAGUGGCGCCGUCCCCACGGAGAGUGGGCUGAUAGUCCGUAUUGUAAUUCAAAGGUCAUUUGUUUCGAAUAUUUUUUCCAAAAAAUUUUUUUAAUUUAGGUUAACUCAACAUGGAUAGGGAGAGGGGUGUAAAAGGGUAUCCAGAUUCUGAGUUCUUGGUAAAGAAUAGCUUUAAUGCAUCUUCGGUUAAAAGUGAUGGAACACUAUGCUUUUUUAGAAGACCUUACUUUUGGCAUUUCUUUGGCAGUCCAGUGGUUAAGACUGUAUACUUCCCCUGCAGGUUCGAUCUCUGGUCAGGGAACUAAGAUCACAGGCCAGGUGGCUUGGCCAAAAAUAGAAAAAAAGACAUUUAUAGUCUAAGAGAAAGGUAAUGCGUGUAAGGAAAAUAAUUGCAGUGUAAUUGAUCUCUUUGCGCCUCAGUUUCCUUCUCUGUAAAACACUAGAAUAGUAUAUUCACUCCAUGGUUUUGAGACGAUUAAAUGGAUUAAUCAAUAAUUAAAGUGUUUGCAACAGAGCUUUGCACUGUUAGCUGCUGCUAUUAAUAAUUUCUGUGAUGUCUAUAGUCGAAGUGUUGCACAAAGUAGACUGGAGUGUCAGCAGACUUAUUUUGAGAGGGUUAGAAAGGUUUUACAGAGACUCUGAAUCUUAAAGGAUCAGGAGGAGUUUUUCAGAUGUUACAGAGGAAUGCCAAUAAUUGCAAUUAUAGGUGGAGGAAAUAAGUGCACGAAAACAUAUGCAGAUAUGAACCAGGCUAGCACAUUCAAAAAAUGGAGUAAAUCAGAAUGAUUGGCAUAUAUGAUAAAAAGGGGAGAGGAGAUGAGAGUCCAGGACAGGUCAUGGGUAGCCUUUUCCAUCACACACAAAGUUUCCUCUCCAACUUAAGUGUCAAUGUAGAAACUAGAUUAGUAACGCUACCUUCACAUCAGCCUCAUUUGAGAGCAGUUAGUUGGUUUAGCUCUUAAAGCAUCUGUUUUGUACCAGGCACCAUGCUAGGCUAAAUUCAGGAGAUGCAUAGGUAACAGGCCUGCUCUGUGAUAUUUCUGCUGAGUAACUAAAAUUCCUCAUUUAAAAGACCUCUGUGCUGAUACUAAAAAAAAAACAACCCUGCCACAGACCAUGGCAGUGAGUGGGUCAGAGGUAAGAGUGAAACCCAAGAGGGAAUCCUAAAAUAUCAGGACUAAAGAAAUGGAUUGCUGGCAUACAGACUGCUUUCUGAUGUGUUGAGGCAAACUUUCGCUUCAGGGAAGGUAUGUCCAUCGACUGAUUCCAUUGUUCCUUGUUAUCUAGCCUCUCCCUUAGGUUCUCUUUAUCUUAAUUUUAACAGUGUUUCCUGAUUUCUUGUUACACAAUUAUUUCCAUCUAUCUUCUGAAUUCUAGAUUCAUAUGUGAAAAAUUGGGCUUGAGACUAAUUUAAAGCUUUUCAAAAUCACACUUGUAUUCAUUUGUGAUCUAAAGAGUAGAUAUAUUAAUAUACUUGGAAGCCAAAAUAAGUGAAUGCAUAAAAAUACAGCCAACUGACAUCCAGCCUGACAUAUUCAGCUAUUUGUUGCACAUUAUGUACACGGGGAAAGGGCCAAAACAGAUUGUGGACCAUAGUCGUUUGGAGGAAGGGAUUCGAUUUCUUCACGCCGACUACCUUUCUCACAUUGCAACUGAAAUGAAUCAAGUGUUCUCACCAGAGACUGUGCAGUCCUCAAAUUUAUAUGGCAUUCAGAUCUCAACGACCCAAAAAACAGCUGUCAAACCAGGGCUGGAGGUCAAGGAAGCUCCUUCCAAUAACAGUGGAAACAGAGCUGCUGUCCAGGGUGACCACCCCCAGUUGCAGCUCUCUCUUGCUAUUGGGCUGGAUGAUGGCACUGCAGACCAGCAGAGGGCCCAUCCUGCCUCCCAGGCCUUGGAGGAGCACCAGAAGCCCCCAGUGUCCAUCAAGCAGGAGAGAUGUGACCCAGAAUCUGUGAUCUCCCAGAGCCGCCCCUCACCUUCAUCAGAGGUGACAGGCCCCACUUUCACCGAAAGCGGUAUCAAAAUACACUUAUGCCAUUACUGUGGGGAACGUUUUGAUUCCCGUAGUAAUCUAAGACAACAUCUCCACACCCACGUGUCUGGAUCCCUCCCAUUUGGUGUCCCUGCUUCCAUUCUGGAGAGUAAUGACCUUGGUGAAGUGCAUCCACUUAAUGAAAAUAGCGAGGCUCUUGAAUGCCGUGGGCUCAGCUCCUUUAUUGUCAAGGAGAAUGAGCAGCAGCCCGACCUCUCAAACCGGGGUGCCACAGAGCCUUUGCAGAUCAGUCAAGUGUCUUUGAUCUCCAAAGACACCGAGCCAGUAGAAUUAAACUGUAAUUUUUCUUUUUCAAGGAAAAGAAAAAUCAGCUGUACCAUCUGUGGUCAUAAGUUUCUCCGAAAGAGCCAAUUGCUGGAGCACAUGUACACACACAAAGCAGUGUCUGCCAAAUGUUGUCUUCCUAGUGUUGAGGUAAGUAGUCUCUAUCAGGUAACAUUUUGGAUGUGUGAUGCAAAAAUGCAUCAGUGGGUCCAGUUCUUAUCAACCAUAAUCUGUGUUAAUAGAAAAGUGGUGCCCUCAUCAAGUGCUUCCCAGCUGCCAUCUCUGGAAAGAAAGGUAGUAUCUAGUACUUUCCUGGAAGUUUCUUGCUUUGCUCCUUUCUCUCUUCCCUUUUUACUAUCCCUCCAGUAGCGGAAUCUGCAACAGCGAUUCUUAGCCAGGUUCUCCAGAGAAACAGAACCACACUGUGUGUGUAUGUGUCUGUGUUUGUGAGAGAGGGAGAAAGGGAGAGAAAGAGACUGAUUGACUGAUUGAUUAUAAAGAAUUGGCUUAUGCAAAUAUGGAGGCCAAGUCCCACAAUCUGCAGGUGGCAAGCUGGAGACCCAGGGGAGCGGGUGAGGUAGUUCCAGUCCAGACUUUGCAGCUUGAGACUCAUAAAGGCAGGAAAAGACCACUGUCCCAGCUUAGUAGGCAGAAGCUCCAUUAUUCUUAGGAGGAUCAGCCUUUUUGUUCAAUUCAGGCCUUCAGUUGAUUGUACGAGGGCUACUUACUUAAGAGAGGAAGUCUUCCCUCAAGUCUACUGAGUCAAACGUUAACUCAUUCAGAAACAGGGACACGCCCAUAAUAAUGGUCGACCACAUUUCUGGGUUCCCUGUGGCCCUGUCAGGUUGACACACACAUUUAAUGAUCUCACUGGCUGGUCCCCCUCACCACGGUGGCCUUCAGCAGUGUGGAGGUGCUUGUCACAGCUGGGUGGGGCUCGGAGAAGCUUGCUGCUGGUGUCUAGUGGGUAGGUAAAUCAGGGGUGCUCUGAACAGCCUACAGCACAGAGUGUAGCCCCCACAACAAAGAAUCAUCCAGCCAAAAUGUCAGUGAUGCCAAGAAUUAAAUUUCUAUUUGUGUUAACUUUAUCCCAUCUUUUCAAAGAUAAAAAUGUGAUUAUUAAAAAUUAUAGAUGUAUUAAGCAACAGGACAGCCUUAAAAUCUACUCAUAUAAUCUUUGAACUAAACAAUUAUGUCCCUAAUAAGUUCUCUGUGAAAUUAAAAUGUGAUCAUGUUGUAAUUUGUAUAAAUAUUUAAUUUGGCCAAAAGGUGGCACCACUGUACCUUUUAAAAGUCUUUCACAUAGCUUUGACUAGGCUGAUAAAGGUCUGUCUAGUCAAAGCUAUGGUUUUUCCAGUAGUCAUGUAUGGAUGUCAGAGUUGGACUAUAAAGAAAGCCGAGUGCCAAAGAAUUGAUGCUUUUGAACUGUGGUGUUGGAGAAGACUCUUGAGAGUCCCUUGGACAGCAGGGAGAUCCAACCAGUCCAUCCUAAAGGAAAUCAGCCCUGAAUAUUCAUUGGGAGGACUGAUGCUGAAGCUGAAACUCCA